AUGUAUCCACAAAUUCUUAGAUGUAAACUUAAAUAAAAGUAAACGAUAUUUAAUAAUAAUGAGCAUUCAAUUGAAUUUCUAAAAAAAAAUUUAAUAAAUCGUUAAAUUUCAAAUCAUUAUUCUAAUUCUAAUCAAGAUUAAUUAGUUUACUAAUUAUUUUAACUUCAAUAAAAAGUAAGAAAUUCUGAAAAAUUAUUUACUAAAAAAGAGUUGUAUUUAUAAGAGUAGAUAUUAAAAACAUAAAAAAAUUUUGAAAAAACAAUGAAUUUAAUGAAAUUCAAAUAUUAGAUGUAAAUAGAAGAUUUAUAUUCUGAAUUAAAAAUCAAAGAUGAAGAAAUCUACAGUCUUAAUUUAUAAUUAUAAUAAAAUAAUCUAAAAAAAAUAGGCAAAAGAUUGUUUUCAUCAUAAUAAUAAUAGAAAAAAUAAUCAAUUAAUGAAUAACAAAAUUCUGAUAGUUCUAGAAAAUACUGUCAAUUUAAAAUGCCCACUAGAUCCUAAAAUUCAAGUAGAAAGAAUGAUUCAAACAUAUAUUAGAAAUAAUUAAGAAGGAUUAGAAUUUAAACAUCAGAAUUUGCUUAAAAAGUAGAAAAUGAGAAAAAUCUAAUUCAAUCUGAUAUUGCAAUAUUAAAAGAUUAGAAACAAAUUAUUAAAGGUUAUUUGAAAUUAAAUAAAGUUUAAAAUAGUGAUCGAUCAUAAUAUAAUUCUCCAAUAAAAUCUAAUAAUAAUGAGAUAAAUAAAUAGAGCAGCUCUUCCUUUGGAGUCAAGGAAUACUUCUCUUAAAAAUAAUGA